AUGGAAUCAAGAGAGAUUAAUAUUUGGCUAAUUUGCUGUCUGGAUAGCUUGCCCCGUAUUAUACACGUUGUCUUCUUAACUGAACGCGUGCUCUUUAAAGUUAGUACAGUUGUCAAUAUAUCUAAUUCCCCUUGGAUAACAGAUGCUUUGAAGAAGACGUUUGCGAUUGCAUUUGAGUGA